AUGACUGAUGAUUACCAAAAGUGGCUCCCGGCCCCUGUCCAGAGGAUAGACGGUCGUCGCUCUUGUAAUGUCCCCAGGAUGCGUCCGGGCACUCCGAAUCUACCUGAUAGUACGGACUUUGUCUGCGGAACCCUUGACGAAGACCGUCCGCUCGAAGCUGCGUACAAAUCUUGCAUGGAGCAACGGCGGCUGUCUAAGCACAUUCCCAUUCCACAGGAUAUUGAUCCCAGCUUCCCAACGAGCGACCCGGAGGACAACGAGGACUUAGGAGAAAUCUCUGAGGAGCUGGAGGAUUCGGUGAUCCCGAAUCAACUGGCAAUCAACCGGGAUGAGUCGACCCGAGGCCGGGCUGGGGGCUCGUCUCGCAAGCCUUCGCCUCGGCGCUCUCCCAAGCGUAUGGUGUCUCCGCCGCCUCGUCGGGCUGGCCGCACCUCCCCCAAGCGUCUCAAGUCCCCGCCCCCGCGCUUGAGAGCCCAGUCGCCCUCCCCGGAGAACUGGAUGACCGAGGACAUGCCCCCGGUCGAGAGUCCUCGCGGUUUCAACAUCAGUCACUUGGUACAACGGCAUCCCAUGGUCCGCACCAAGUCGCUGCCCCGGACUCCCAACCCUUUCUUCACCAGCCUCGAAAAGUCCCACCGCUGGCAAAGCAUUUCGGCGAUGGACGAAUCGUCAGAGCGCGAGCACUCGCGCACGCGGGAACUACACACCCGUGGGCCUGUUGACAUUGUCGAAGGCCUGGAAAAGAAGCGCCAGAAACGCAAGGAAAGGUUCUGGCGCCAACAUUGCCGCAAAGCUGCCAAAGAGCAAAAAGAGCGGCGGCCGAUUCCCGGCAAGGGAGCCGAACGGAUGAAGGAGCUUGGCCUCGAAGUUGCUGAGAGGUGCAGGGCUUACGGCGUCGGACAAGACGCCCAGCUCGUCCUAUCUGUUUAA